CAGAUUUCCUCUCACACAAAGCCCACAGAUGUACACUUCAGACUCAGUCUAUUUUGGCUCUGCUUACCACUGGUAGGCUACUUGGAUGGCCGAUAAGCGAAGCAUGAAUUAAACAUUUCUUCUCCAAUUAUACGAACCAGAACAACUUUUGCUCUUUUCUGUUGACAGUUUUUGAAACUUGGAUGCUUGCAGCGAAUCAAAUCACAUUCCGAUUGAAGGACGGCUAUCAUGUUUUUAAGUGCUUGUGGAUGUAUACCGGUUUGCCAUUUUGUUGGAUUAAACUGGGGAGGGGGCAAAUAACACGUUUUCUGGGGUUUUGCGACAUGGAGUCGAAUCUGAACCGAAAAUGAUUUUAGUCCGGCUGCAAUCCUGCUCCGACCAAAGGUAAACGUCUCUGUCCAUCCUGGUGCCGUUGAGUGAAUCCUGAAGCUGUGCAGUAAUCACCCGCAGGGAUUAGACGAGAGCGGAAUUAAAAGAGCGUGGAAGAUAUGGGUCCUGUUAUGUGUGACAAGAGAUUAGUGGGCCUCAUCCUCCUGCAAGCCUCCUCCCUCCUGCUGUUCAGUUCUGGGGAAAGGAUGUGCCCCAAUAUCUGCCACUGCGAGGGCAAGAUUGUCCAUUGUGAGUCAGCUGGCUUCCAGGACAUCCCAGAAAAUAUUUCAAUUAGUUGUCAAGGCCUGUCCCUGCGCUACAAUGAUUUGCACACAAUGUUCCCCUACCAGUUUGCCCAUCUUAACCAGCUACUCUGGCUGUAUUUGGACCAUAAUCAAAUUACAUUUGUAGAUAGUCGUGCUUUUCAGGGGGUACGACGAUUGAAGGAGCUGAUCUUGAGCUCUAAUAGGAUUUCACAGCUCCAUAAUGUCACUUUUCACGGAGUACCUAACCUCCGCAGUCUCGACCUCUCCUAUAACAAAUUGCAGGAGCUACAGCCAGGCCAGUUCUAUGGUCUUCGGAAAAUGCAGAAUCUGCACUUGCGCUCCAAUGGGCUCACUACAAUCCCUGUCCGGGUCUUUUUGGAAUGCAGGAGCUUGGAGUUCCUUGACUUGGGCUAUAAUCGGCUUCGCUUUCUCACUCGCACCGCAUUUCUGGGGUUAUCUCGACUCAUGGAACUCCAUCUGGAGCACAAUCAGUUUUCACGAAUCAAUUUCUUUCUGUUUCCUCGCCUUGCUAACCUUCGUACCCUGUAUCUACAGUGGAACCGUAUUCGAGCUGUUAACCAAGGCCUUCCGUGGAGCUGGUAUACCUUGCAGAAGCUUGAUAUUUCUGGCAAUGAGAUACAGACACUAGAUCCUAUAGUAUUUCAAUGCCUUCCCAAUCUUCAGGUUCUCAACUUGGAGUCCAACAAACUGGCAAAUGUUUCUCAGGAAGUUGUGGCUGCCUGGAUCUCCCUAACAACCAUUAGCCUUGCAGGUAAUAUGUGGGACUGUGGGCCAGGCAUUUGUCCUCUUGUUGUCUGGCUCAAGAAUUUCAGAGGCACCAAGGACACUAGUAUAAUCUGCAGCAGUCCCAAACACCUUCAAGGGGAAAAAGUUAUGGAGACCACCAAGAACUACAUUGACUGUGAUGAUUAUGAGAUCACUACUCAAUCACCUUUGUAUCUGCAGACCUUUGAUCCAAGUUUUGAUCUUACCCCUGAACCAACAAUGGCUCCAAAAACACCUCCUCCACCCUUGCCUUCACCUGCGUCUGAGGCACCCAUUCCUCCUCCCCAGCCUCAACCACCUCAACAUCCCACCUUGCCCAGCCAUAAAAAUACAGACCCCAGAGACUCACGUCAAUGGAUACCCUCAUCUUCAAAUAGCUUUUUAAUGACACCAGCUCCUGAACAGGACAACGUGUCUUUUCACAAAGUGGUGAUGGGCGGUGUGGCACUGUUCCUCUCUGUGUCUCUAGUCUUAUCAGUGAUUUAUGUCUCCUGGAAGCGAUACCCUGGUGCUACCCGACUGUUGCAACAGAGUUCAGUUGUGGGUCGAAAGCGCAGGAAAAAGAGUCAGGAACCAGAGCAGAACAUGAGCUCCCAGCUCCAGGAAUAUUAUAUGAGCUACAACCCUGCAUCCACACCAGAGGCCUUGGAGGUGCUGGGCAAUGGGACAGGUACCUGCACCUGCACCAUAUCCAGCUCCAGGGAAUGUGAGAAUGAAUAUACCUGUCCCAGACCGUUACCUGGAGGUUGGAUUGGAGACUUACCCACCAUACACUGAAGGGAAUGUUUUGUUCAACACAAAAAAUCCACAGGUGGAGGAUUUGUGCCUAUCUGCAUUUCAU